GCCUUCCUCCGCUGGGCGCCAGCUGCCGCUUAGGCCUGAGCGAGAGGCGACGGCGAGCGGGCGCAGCUGCACCGGGAGCGCCGGCGGGGCUGCUGGGCCCCGCGCCGUCUCUCCUCCUCACUGCCAGCGCCCUCGGACAUGGUGGCCCCCGGCUCCGUGACCAGCCGGCUGGGCUCGGUGUUCCCCCUGCUGUUGGUCCUGGUGGACCUGCAGUACGAAGGUGCUGAAUGUGGAGUAAAUGCAGAUGUUGAGAAACAUCUUGAAUUGGGCAAGAAAUUACUUGCAGCUGGACAGCUAGCUGAUGCUUUAUCUCAGUUUCAUGCUGCAGUAGAUGGUGACCCAGAUAACUAUAUUGCUUACUAUCGGAGAGCUACUGUCUUUUUAGCUAUGGGCAAAUCAAAAGCAGCGCUUCCUGAUUUAACUAAAGUGAUUGAAUUGAAGAUGGAUUUCACUGCAGCAAGGUUACAGAGAGGUCACUUACUACUCAAACAAGGAAAACUUGAUGAAGCAGAAGAGGAUUUUAAAAAAGUGCUCAAAUCUAAUCCAAGUGAAAAUGAAGAAAAGGAAGCCCAGUUUCAGCUUAUGAAAUCUGAUGAAAUGCAGCGUUUGCGCUUACAAGCGCUUGACGCUUUUGAAAGCUCAGAUUAUACUGCUGCUAUAACCUUCCUUGAUAAGAUUUUAGAGGUUUGUGUUUGGGAUGCAGAACUCCGGGAACUUCGAGCUGAAUGUUUCAUAAAAGAGGGGGAGCCUAGGAAAGCGAUCAGUGACUUAAAAGCUGCAUCAAAGUUGAAGAAUGAUAAUACUGAGGCUUUUUAUAAAAUCAGCACACUGUACUAUCAACUAGGAGACCAUGAACUGUCCCUCAGUGAAGUUCGUGAAUGUCUUAAACUUGACCAGGAUCAUAAAAGGUGUUUUGCACACUAUAAACAAGUGAAGAAACUUAACAAGCUAAUUGAGUCAGCCGAAGAGCUCAUCAGAGACGGCAGAUAUACAGAUGCGACCAGCAAAUAUGAGUCUGUUAUGAAAACAGAGCCAAAUGUUGCUGAAUAUACAAUUCGUUCAAAAGAAAGAAUUUGCCACUGCUUUUCUAAGGAUGAGAAGCCUGUUGAAGCAAUUCGAGUGUGUUCUGAAGUUUUACAGACAGAGCCUGACAAUGUGAAUGCUCUGAAAGAUCGAGCAGAGGCCUAUUUAAUAGAAGAAAUGUAUGAUGAAGCUAUUCAGGAUUAUGAAACUGCUCAGGAACAUAAUGAAAAUGAUCAGCAGAUUCGGGAAGGUCUAGAGAAGGCACAAAGACUAUUGAAACAGUCGCAGAAACGAGAUUAUUAUAAAAUUUUGGGAGUAAAAAGAAAUGCCAAAAAGCAAGAAAUCAUUAAAGCAUACAGAAAAUUAGCACUUCAGUGGCACCCAGAUAACUUCCAGAACGAAGAAGAAAAGAAAAAAGCUGAGAAAAAGUUCAUUGACAUCGCAGCUGCUAAGGAAGUCCUCUCUGACCCAGAAAUGAGGAAGAAGUUUGAUGACGGAGAAGACCCCCUGGACGCGGAGAGCCAGCAGGGCGGCGGCAGCCCUUUCCACAGAAGCUGGAAUUCGUGGCAGGGCUUUAACCCCUUCAGCUCCGGCGGACCUUUUCGAUUUAAAUUCCACUUCAAUUAAACCAGCUCUUUUUCUGCUCUUCUUCCUUACUUUUUUUAAAGAUUAAAAAGAAAGAAACCUUGUUCUGGGA